GUUGCCCUAUAAAUAGAAAAGAGAAUUUCUUUGAUAAGUGUGAAGAUUUGCAGGCUGUAUGUACAGCUCAAAGAAGCAAAGCGGUAGCCCUGCAUCAUUAAUCAGAGAGAGAGAGAGAGCAAGAGAGAGAGCAAGAGCAAGAUCAAGCUGCCCCCUAGAAAACGGAAAUGUUCAGUGUUCACAGAGCGGCUGGCAUAUUUAACUCUGACAUUACACUACCAUGUUUUCCAACAUGGUAGUAGUUAGGUAAUGCUGAAAAUUUUAUUUUUUUAUUUUUCUGCUUCCUUAAUUUUUUUUUUGUUUUCUUUUUACUCUUUCCUCCAAACCUCUUUCCCUCCUUGCUUCUUUCUGUCUUUCUUCCUUUCUUUCUUUUUUGCUUUCUUUCCUUCUUUCCUUUUUUUCAGGUGGGUAGUGAAGGGGGACUGGAUAUGUUGUUCUCAGAACAGGGAGCUGGAAUUGAUGCAUAGAUCAGUAGUGUCCUUGUUGGAGUGCAUGUUGUGUAAAUACUUUGGAGCUCUCUGGAGAAAACCUAAAAGGAUUGAAACGGCAUGAAUGAACUAAACCAUGAAGAUUCCUCAUGGCUUAUUCAGGAGACUCUAUGGCUCUGAUUAAAGAAUUUCACAGCACUGGAGCAAACAGCAGGUUUUGGAAAACAGUGCCUUUUCAACACACUUUCCAUGUUUGCUCUGCCUUUGUUUCUCAAAUUUUAAUUUUCGACACAUAACUGAAAAAAAAUCUCAGAAAGCUGACCCAUCCAAGUUAAUCACCUCUGAAGAGUUGUGGACCCACUGAGUGCUAAAGCAAACCUUUCUUAUAUGUGAGCCAAAAAAAAAAAAAAAAAAAGAAAAAGAAAAACAGCCUGCCAACCACUGGUAAAGAGAUGGCUAUCAUCAUAUGGGAAUUUGAAGAGCUUCUAUAUGGCACAUUCAUGAUUGAAAUGGGAGAGGAUCAACUGUCAUGAUGUCCCCAAAGACCAUUUAACUGAGUAAACAAGAAAGGAAAAUUAUAAAGACUUGUCAGCUAUGUUUGCACAUGAGACUUCCAUAAAGUUACUAUAGACAAAUCUAAAAUAAAUAUGCUGAUAAUUCUUUGAAAACCCCCCAAAUCAUGGAAAGAGUCUCAGACCAAUGCAGUAAAAAAGAGGUUAUUCUAUACUCAAUCUCUCCAACCCAUCAAUGACUAGUCUUUUAGAAAGAGCAGCUGUAGAUUAUAAAUCAGAACCAACAUUUGGUAAAGAUAGUUUCUCUGGAAAGAAACAUGUCUGCUAAUGAUACAUGUCCUGGGACAGAUGGAGCAAAUACAGAUUUUCGAUACUUUAUCUAUGCAGUGACAUACACUGUCAUUCUUGUGCCAGGUCUCAUAGGAAACAUAUUAGCCUUGUGGGUAUUUUAUGGCUAUAUGAAAGAAACCAAAAGGGCUGUGAUAUUCAUGAUAAAUCUAGCCAUUGCUGACUUACUACAGGUCCUCUCCCUGCCAUUGAGGAUCUUUUACUAUUUGAAUCAUGACUGGCCCUUUGGGUCUGGCCUUUGCAUGUUUUGUUUCUACCUUAAAUAUGUCAACAUGUAUGCAAGCAUCUAUUUCUUGGUCUGUAUAAGUGUGCGAAGAUUUUGGUUUCUCCUAUACCCCUUUCGCUUCCAUGACUGUAAACAGAAAUAUGACCUAUAUAUCAGCAUUGUUGGCUGGCUGAUAAUCUGCCUUGCCUGUUUGCUGUUUCCCCUCCUCAGAAGCAGUGAUGACACUCCUGGCAACAAAACCAAAUGCUUUGUGGAUCUUCCUACGAGGAAUGUCAAUUUGGCCCAGUCUGUUGUCAUGAUGACCAUUGGAGAGUUGAUUGGGUUUGUUACCCCUCUUCUGAUAGUCCUAUAUUGUACCUGGAAGACAGUUUUAUCACUGCAAGAUAAAUAUCCUGUAGCCCAAGACCUUGGAGAGAAAAAGAAAGCCUUGAAGAUGAUUCUAACCUGUGCAGGUGUUUUCCUAAUUUGCUUUGCACCUUAUCACUUCAGUUUUCCUUUAGAUUUCUUGGUCAAGUCCAAUGAAAUCAAAAGCUGCCUAGCCAGAAGGGUGAUUAUAAUAUUUCAUUCUGUUGCCUUAUGUCUUGCUAGUCUGAAUUCUUGCCUUGACCCAGUCAUAUACUACUUCACCACUAAUGAGUUCAGAAGACGACUUUCAAGACAAGAUUUGCAUGAUAAUAUAAAACUCCAUGCAAAAUCAUUUGUGAGCAACCAUAUCACUUCUACUCUGAGAAAUGAAGUAUGUUAGAUGGAAAAAAAUCUGAAUGUGGGCUGAAAUGUAAGAAUAUCAGAACAGAUUUGCAUACCCCAAGCCACUGGGCAGUAAUCACUGGAAGAACUCACAGCUUUUUAGGUAUGCUAUAUCUUACCUAUAUGACAAAUUCACAUCUUCAUAAUACAGCCUAUGUAGAUGUGGAGAUAUCCAUGUAGUAAUUUGUCCUCAAGUCUUUAGGACUAUAAAAUUCCAGUGACAUCCUAUGCACAUGCUCUCAACUAUGGUCAGCAGUUUUAUCUUUGAACCUAGGACACAGAGAUACUAUUAGCUUGGAGUCAUUUUAAGCACUUAGUUUUGUUACAAUGGUCACUGUGUUUCUUUGUAUUUAGAGGCAAUGUAGUUGUCUCUUUAUACUAGUAAUCACAGUUUAUAUCAAAAUAUCAUAUUUUAGUUGCCUUUGAGUAGGAUGGACAGUAUAUCAUUCUGUGAAGAUAAAUGUUAUAAACAUUGGACUCUUUUUUAUCUCCCAUAUGUGAUUACACUCCAGGGUUUGAAGACUAGAAUAGCUAUUUCCUUCAUUUCAGAGUCAGUAUGAAAAAUCAUUUGUCACAUCUAUUAUUAGAAUGGAAAAUAUGAACUCAGGCCUCUGGUAUGUUUAAAGUAAGAACAAGAAACAAAUUCGCAUACUCUCUAUGACUGUAUAAAAUGCCGUAUUUAAUCUACCCAUGGAAGGUGGUUCAACAAAUGUGGCUCAAAUUGUCUCUAAGGGUCCAGGAGAAAGCAGAUAGGUGAUAAUCAUAGUUUUGGUUCUCUUAAAUGAUAUCCAAAGAACACCUCUGGAGAUAUAUGGAUCUGCCUAGUAGGAGAAAUGUCCACCAUGCUUCUAGAGUGACGCUGAGGUACCUCUGACAUGUUAUUGCAAUUUUUGAGCCUAUGGAAAAAGUAAUGCACUAGGUUUAGUCCAUAGCAAAAAAAAUGAAAUUAUUUCUUAACUUUAAUUUAGGUGGCAACUGUCAAGCUACAUUCACAAGCCAGAUUAAGGUUUGGAGGCAGCUAGGCAUGUGGACCCUAGAGUCUUUAGUAAUAUUUAUGGUCCAGGUUUGCCCUAGUCAUAUGAUUCUAAGGCCGACACAUCCUUCCUCCCAGCAUCUGGGGAAGUCAAUUCUUUCCCCUUUUGAGAAAAGUAUAGACAAUUAAUUUUGGCCACAAUGGACACCCGUUACAAUGCCUUACCUGCUACAAUUUAGUACUAAUAUGCAGGAAACAGGAUUGAGUAGUAACUAAACCUGGGGCCUUAAAUAUUAGAAUACCUUGAAACAUGUUUUAGCAAAAAUCUUUAACUUUUAAACCAUGCUCUAAUUAAAAUCUGUGUGCUAUAUAAUGAAGAAACAUUCUAUUUUUUAUCCGGAACAAAUGUGAAAAUCAAAAAAGAGCUCCAUAAUGUUUAUAGGAAGGGAAUUGAUUUAGGCACACUGUUGUGAUACCAAUAUGUUUAGGGAAAAACUGGUGAAAUCAAAAUGAAUUCUAGUAUCUAAGAUGAGUGGAAAUUUUUAUAAUGUUUUCUCUUGAUAAGUGGUGAUUUUGUUUGUACUUUGUUAUUAAAAAAUACCCUAUUAGAAGACUGACUUUGUGCUGCUAGCAGUAGUGUAUGUAUUUAUCUUCUAAUUAUUCAUUGUAAGGUAUGUAUUUUGAUGUGUUAAGUGAGUUCUAAGUGAGUGUUAAUUUUUUUCUUAAAUGGGUAACUGUAACUAUGCCUGGUCUGUUUGCUUUAAUUUGUGUUUGAAUAAAAUUUGGUAUUUUAACAGGAUGGGAAGUAAUAAUUUUGUGGGUAAUUGUAAUGAAAGAGACUUAUCUAUACUGUAUGUUUUUACUACUUUUUAGAUUAACAUGAAUUAUACUUCUUAGGAUCAUUUUGGAGACCAAUGUUUUAAUUUCAGAAACAUAAUAAUUUCUCUUUAAAAACAUCUUUUUUUUUGAGGGGAGGGAAUAUUUCCAGGAGAUUACUGAAUGUCUUAGAGAAGAUGUUGAGGUUCUAGCCUAACAUUUCAGAUAGCCCUUGAAAAUAAUUUAUAGCAUUUGAGGAAAGGACAGAGAGCACAAGUGUCCAGUAUUCUUAUACUGCUUAGCUAGGACCUCCCCUUCUCUUUAGGCCUGCCCAUCUAAGUUUGUAUUCAGUGCUGUGAUUUACUUUAUCAGCCCCAUGUCCCCACAAUAUGUUUUGUAUUCUGUCCUAUUCUCAUGUUCUAGUCAGUAAUCUGAUAAAUUUAUUCACACUAAAUACUAGUGAUUAACGUUAGCUUAAUAUUUAUUUGCCCAGGAAUAUCUGAAUUCUAGGCCUUAAGGAUAAACUUUAACUCAAAAUAUAAACCCCUCACUUUUAAUGGAGGGAUGAAAGACACUGAAGCAGACUGGAAAGGAAGAUAUUUUGAAGAAAGUGGAUUUUACAGCCGUGUCUUUCAGAUUACAUGUAGUAAGAGAUCAUCUACUUUGCUUACCAUAAUGGGGAUGCUAAAUUCUAAGAAAUAUAUCUUACAAGACAGCUAUUAGUUUCUCAGAUCUCUGCUGGUUUUAUUUUUUCUUUUUGACUUUUUCUCCUUCCAACUCUGGACCUGAUUUCUAGGGAAGAGUAUAAACUAGAAGAGAAGUACUGUUGCAGCUGCCAUCUGGACAACAGCUUCCUGAGUGUGCCUUUCCUUGGAGAAUCUUCCAUUUGUCACUCUGUGGUUUUAAUGAAAAAAGUAAAACCCUCAAAAAGUGUAACACUCUUAACUGCAGUAAUAUGCAAUUCAAGAUAAAUAAACAUAUUUCCUAUGCGAAGUUAUUUGAGUUCUGAUUGCAAAAUAUACGCAAAAUUAUUCCAACAGAUAUUUUAAUAGGGGGUGAUUUCCAUGUUAUUAUUAUUGUUAUUACUGUUGUUGUUUUCAUAUUUAAAUGGUUUGUUUUCAUUGUCACUUGCUUAAGUAGAUACUUCUAUUAACCUAUAAUUCCAUGAAAAAGCCAUCUGCCCUAGGAACAACAGAUCAAACUACCUUGGUCAGGGAGUUCCUGUUGUGGCUCAGUGGAAACGAAUCCGACUAGUAUCCAUGAGGAUGUGAGUUCGGUCCCUGGCCUCACUCAGUGGGUCAGGGAUCCCGCAUUGCUGUGGCUAUGGUGUAGGCGAGCAGUGGUUUGACCCCUAGCUUGUGAAAUUCUAUAUGCCCAUAUGCCCUGGGUGUGGCCCUAAGAAGCAAAACAAAACAAAACAAAGCACCUUGGUUUGAAAGGAUGCUUAGGUAGAACUCUUAUGCAACUUUUUUUUUUAUGUCAUCUUUUGGUUUUUAUGUCAUCUUUUGGUUUUUAUUCCAAAUACACUGUGAAAAUGUUGCACUUGUAUUUAUGUCUGUAAUUUAUAAUAUGCAUUUUAAUAAUAAAGAUGGUGUCUGUAAUUACAUAGAAAUUUUUGCUUCCAGAAUUCAAUGUAUAUAUAUGGUCUCUUUUUCAGCAAACUGAUAUAAUUGAGGAUUUUUGUCAGUGUUCUCACAUACAUGCACUAAAGUCCCACGAGGCUUUACUCUCCCUUUCUCUCUGAAGUGGUACAUUCUAUUCUCAGAUGGAAAGAUAAACCACGUCCCAAUCCUACCUUACCCUGCAAUCCACUUUUCCCAUAGACUCUUUACUAUCCACACUCCUUAUUAAAAUUAUUCUCCAUCCUCAUUUGCUGACUAAGGUUAUCUGAAUGACUUAAAUACCUUUACUUGCUAGAAUAUAGUCUGUGGGUAGAAAAAGAGAUGACAGAGGGAAUGUUUUCUCUUUAGUCUUAAGGGUUUUUAAGAUCCAGCAGUCCAAUUUUUCUUAUAGACUAAAUAGGAGUAAACUCAUCCUUCACUGUCCUCCUCUGCUUUUCCCCAAAUAAAUCUAUACAAACAAAACAAAACAAAAAGUGAAAGUCAGGGCAAUUGUCUUUGGCUCCCCUCUCAUCCUAGAUAUCUUUGUUCUUUCCAUUUUAGCAGCUCCCUCCUCAUCUCAUCUAUAUUCCUAGUGCUUUCAGGAGGCCCACGUAUCUAUUUUCUGCAAUAACCAAGUUGCUAUGAAUUAUACAUUUUGGCUGUUCCAAAAAGAUUCUACUAGGAAGUGGUAAAGGAUUUCCCAAGGAGAAAUUUCUGAUGUUUUGGUAGACCUGAAGAAAAUUAUGUGAUUUGCCCCCACACAUCAAAUAAUAUACAUCCCUCCUUUGUGCCUUCCUGAAGCCACCUCAGAUGUAAUUUGACUGCCUUCACUAUAACAUAUUUUUAGGGGGAUGAAGUGAGAGAUAAAAUCUCAAGUUAAUGUGGCUCUUUCAACUUACUUAUUCCUCAGUAAUUAAAGGAUAUGAUGUGUAUUUGGGGGCAGACAGUGAGUUAUAACUCCCUUGAUCUUCACAGACCAUUUCUUCAGCAAAAGUUCUUCAGCCUUAAUUACUUAAAAUUUUCCCAAGAUCAUAUUUCUUCUAUUGUUUGCUAAGUACUUACUUCUCUUCAUCUAACUCCUUACUGAAUGUACGCUGAUUCAUUUAUUGGCAUAGCCUUUAUUUAAGUCCUUAUAUUUGCCUUCUUGGUUCUCUUCAAGGAAUAAUAGAGUAAUUGCUUCUUGGUGGGGGGUGAUGGGUGGGAUGUCAUUAAGUCUAUAACCCUAACCUCAGUAUCCUCUUUUUUGCAGGAGCUUCAGAAACAGAGCUGAGAGGCAGAUCUAGAAUCUUUGUUCUUCAAUUUUAACUCUAGCCCAGAAUAAAUAUUUUUCAACCUUUUCUAAAUAACAUUGAAUAUGCACAACUUGAACAAAGACCAGUAUCACUUAUACCUUUUAAAAUGCCAAUCUAAUAAUAAUAAUAAAAAAACAGCUUGAAACAAUAAUGAACCACUUUUGGAGCUCAGAGAAGGAAAAGGUCUUACUAUAAACUCCCUGUAUCAUGCCUGCAUAAAGUAAACUUUGUAAUACUAGGUUUAAAAUAUUGCAAAGUCACAUUACUACCUUAUGUCAAUAAAUAAGUUUAACUUUU